AAGCCUGGUAAAGUAGGAAUCUAUUUUUUAGCUGUGUCAUGUUAUUAAGGUCAAUAUUAAUUGCGCACGAAUUUCUCUUCCUGGUUAAUCUGUUAGUUCUUCCGUCAGAAUGUCGCCAGCUUCAAUGGCGAAGAAUUCCACCGAAAUUUAGUGAAAGUUUACUGCCAUUCUGUUUCUUAACAAUCAUUGUUGUAACACUUUUCCAGCCUAUUGUCAUCACCAGCAACGAGGCUGAGGCUAUGUCCUCUACAAUCUCCAGCCUGAACAGCCUGUUCUCCUUCACGAGUCCUGCAGUGAAGCGCCUUCUCGGCUGGAAACAGGGCGACGAGGAGGAGAAAUGGGCGGAGAAGGCUGUCGACUCGCUUGUGAAGAAGCUCAAGAAGAAGAAAGGGGCCCUAGAGGAUCUGGAAAAGGCCCUUAGCUGCCCUGGCCAGAUGAGCAAGUGUGUCACCAUACCUAGAUCACUGGAUGGACGCUUACAGGUUUCUCAUAGGAAAGGUCUGCCCCAUGUGAUAUACUGCCGAGUGUGGCGCUGGCCGGACCUGCAGAGCCACCAUGAGCUGAAGGCACUCGACUGCUGUGAAUACCCAUUUAAUGCCAAACACACGGACGUCUGCAUCAACCCUUACCACUACAAACGCGUCGAAAGUCCAGUGCUACCGCCGGUUCUAGUCCCGAGGUACAGCGAGUUUCCCGCGGGACAGAGUCCGUCAAUGCCUCCAUUCCAGUCUAUACCGGAGCCGUCGAUGCCCCACAACGUUACUUACCCACACAACUUCCAUCAGGGCCCAACAUCCCCUGCCAGCUCAGGGCCUGGCAGCCCCUACGGUCUUCCAGCUGAUACCCCACCACCUGCAUACCAGGCCCAUGAUGACAGCAGUUCCCACGGCAACAAUGCUAGGAACCAGCCUAUGGAUACCAGCAUGCCCCCACCCCAGGGCCCACCACCCUCCGUCAACAUACCCAUGAACGACAAGUACUCUAUCCGUGAGUGCAAAAAACCAAACAUGCAGUCAGUGACGUACCAGGAGCCGCAGUACUGGUGUUCUAUCGUCUACUACGAGCUCAACAACCGCGUGGGAGAGGCCUUCCAUGCCUCGCAGACAAGCAUAGUGGUUGAUGGCUUCACGGACCCCUGUAACAACGCUGACAGAUUCUGCCUAGGCUUGCUGUCCAAUGUGAACAGGAACUCCACCAUAGAAAAUACACGAAGACACAUCUCAAAAGGUGUGCACUUGUACUAUGUGGGUGGGGAAGUGUUUGCUGAGUGUCUCAGUGAUAGCUCAAUAUUUGUGCAGAGUCGUAACUGUAACUAUCACCACGGUUUCCAUCCCACCACGGUCUGCAAGAUACCGCCGGGAUGCAGUCUGAAGAUCUUCAACAAUCAGGAAUUCGCAGCCCUUCUCAGUCAAAGUGUGAACCACGGCUUUGAGGCCGUGUACGAACUCACAAAAAUGUGCACAAUCCGACUGAGCUUUGUGAAAGGUUGGGGAGCAGAGUACCAUCGACAAGACGUGACCAGCACCCCUUGCUGGAUUGAAAUACACCUGAAUGGGCCCCUACAGUGGCUGGACAAAGUUCUCACUCAGAUGGGUUCUCCACACAACGCGAUCUCCUCAGUGUCUUGAUCACAUCUCAUGGGUUAUCUCCUGACUGACAAUUGUUUCCUUUCGUUAGCUUUCCACAUGCCAUGGCUCACAAAUCACUUAUGUCAUGAUUCCAACAUCGAAAUUAUCAGUUUGGCGUGGCAUAGCAGUAUUCUUAAAUGAUUUCUUGUUAGUUAAGAAAUGUUACAAGAUUGGAUAUAUUAUUAGGUGCAAACAAAGUUCAAAAUUACCCGAAUACCAGUGCAGAGUUUGUGGGUCAGGGCUAUUUCAAUCACUUUUUUCUCGUACCAUAUUUCAAGUUAUUCAUUACACCAUCAUCUCAUUAAACAAAUUGUUUUUUUACUUUGAAUGUACUAAGUAUACGUGAUGUGAAAAUUUGCAUUUUUUGCAAUUAGUUUUAAGUUUUAUUGCUUCUGCCCCACGAAGUGCAGAUGGAUCAAAAUGAUUCUACACUGACUCUAAUGAAUGUAAAUACUUUCAUUCUCUUGUAAAUUACUCAUUUCAAUAGUAUUUUAAGUUAAGGUAGUGUCAAAAUUGUUGAUUGAAUUAAAAUCUAUUUUCUGGUAUUUCAUGUGGCAUGUAUAGUUAGUAAGUGCAAUGUGUUCUUGUACUGGUUGUUUGGGGUGUUGAGAACUUACAUAGUUAAAGUCUGUCAAAGUUUUGAGUUGAUGGCAAGUCCAGUAAGUAUCCAUAAAUGAUUUACAAGAAGCAUGCUGUAUGUAUGGACAUGUAUUAUUAAGUCACAAGGUACUUUUGAUAUGAAGCUGGUUGGAAGCAUGGAAUGAUUUUGCAUUUUAAAGAUCUGAUUAUCAUUUCUUAAGAUUGUACCUUUUUCUGUUGGUUCUAAGGUUAUUGGCAUUUAUAAUAAAUACUUGCCCCCAAAAAAAACAUAAACGGCUUUUUUACUAGUAUCCAUAUUCAAAAUUCUCCUUAGAGAAAACUUAGGAGUAAAUGUUAUUGAAUUGUUACACUUCUUUGUGUAUUGACUUUUUAUGUAUACAUCUUAAGAUAGCAGGAUAUUAAAAGUACAUUUUUUGUGUGAAAUGUUUAUUUUUCAUACCGGCAAUUGCAACUGAACUUAGGGUUAUAGCCUAAAUAUUUUAACACAGAUGUCCACAUGUGAUUUCAGUAAAUCGUGUACAGAGGAUAUAGAGAGCUGUAUAAGAAUAUUUAGGGGCCCUAAUGAGAGCUGUAUAGAACAUUAAGGGGUCCUGUGCACAUUUUAGGAGCCAAGGGUUUGUGGGCACUGCUGAAUUGUAUCCCUGAUUUUGGUGAUUAAAAAGCAAAACUCCAUAUAAAUUUUCUAAAUGCAUCUUCUGGUAUUGUUUUCUGAUUUCUCUGAUAUUAAGAAAACAUUUUAAAACAUAUGUCUAUCCAAGUAAGAUUCUGUUUACAGACACAUACAAUUCAGAUUAUCAUAACUAGUAAGCUAUUAGCAUAUGCAAGAAAUAUGGAUGACUUUGUUUCUGAUAUGCAUAUUUUAUGCUAAUAUUUUUAUAUUGUGAAUGUGUUCUUUUUUAUGCAAAUGAACAAAGUAUGUGUGUGCUUUAUGUUAAAGUGCUUGAACCUUCUACAAUUUUGUCAUAAUAGGUGCUUUGUUACAAAGGUAGCUUAAUUGUUUUUUAUGUCCCCCACCCACUAUAGUGGGGGACAUAUUGUUUUUGCCCUGUCUGUUGGUCUGUUUGCUCCAACUUUAACAUGUGCAAUAACUUUUUCAAUAUUCAAGAUAGCAACUUGAUAUUUGGCAUGCAUGUGUAUCUCAUGGAGCUGCACAUUUUGAGUGGUGAAAGGUCAAGGUCAUCCUUCAAGGUCAGAGGUCAAAUAUAUGUGGCCAAAAUUGCUCAUUUUAUGAAUACUCUUGCAAUAUUGAAGAUAGCAACUUGAUAUUUGGCAUGCAUGUGUAUCUCAUGGAACCGCACAAUUUGAGUGGUGAAAGGUCAAGGUCAUCCUUCAAGGUCAGAGGUCAAAUAUAUUUGGCAAAAAUCGCUCAUUUUAUGAAUACUUUGGCAAUAUUGAAGAUACCAACUUGAUAUUUGGCAUGCAUGUGUAUCUCAUGGAGCAGCACAUUUUGAGUGGUGGAAGGUCAAGGUCAUCCUUCAAGGUCAGAGUUCAAGUACUGUAAACUUAUAGAAAUUCGUCUGUAUGAAAUUUCGUGGUUUCAUAAAAAUCAACAAAUUCGUUGACACGUUAUUUCGUGGAUUUCAAAUUUUUUGGGAAUACUGACCGUCAUAAUAAUUUAACUUUUAUUAAAACAACCAGAGUAAUAACGAAGCAUAAUCUGCUAAUCUGUGUUGACAGCAAGACUUGGGGUUAAUGUGCACUGAAGCAUGAAAGUGUUGCCGAUUGCCAAUAAUUGUCGAAAAAAUCGAUCAAGUGGCGCACAUGUGGGUCCCUGCUCGCUAAUUGCCAUCAAUGUUGUUUUGACAAUAUGUGCAAUUCUCAGCGCAAUCGGUCUCUUAGUAGUAACAAUUAAGUAAUAAGGUCCCCAAAAUACACGUGUGAAAACCGUUAUAUCUCUUUUAACUUUAAUUGGCACUAAUAAACAUAUGUGAUAAAUCUGCAAACGUUACUUUGACGAUGUCACGUAAAAAAGUAUUAAUUCCCAGACACUUAUCAAGAAAACAACAUAUUGUAUUAACUAGCAUAUCUCAAUCAAACAAUGUCUCUUUCAAAAUGGUUGAAAACGGAAACAGUUCAGACACUUUCCCCCACUAUAGCAGGAUUGCCCGACCUUGCAAAGGCUCAGUCUAUGACUGAAGCAUUAUUGACACAGGUCGCUAACAAUUCAGUGGAAGAAAACAUUUUCAAUUCAGAAAUACUUUAAUUAAUCAAGAAAUUGUGUAAUGUGACCUACUGAAGUGAAGUAAUUAUUACAAAAAACAAAUAUCUCGGAUAACCGCAAACAAAAGAAAAUGUCGGAAAUGACCGAUUUCGGCUAAAAGAAUGUAUAAAUAAUCGUUGGUACUUGAAUUCGUGGUUCAGUAGACCAACGAAAUCCACGAAAAUUCGUACCACACGAAAUUUAAUGGUUUUACAGUAUAUGUGGCCAAAAUCGCUCAUUUUAUGAAUACUUUGGCAAUAUUGAAGAUACCAACUUGAUAUUUGGCAUGCAUAUGUAUCUCAUGGAGCCGCACAUUUUUAGUGGGCGCAGAAGGGGACAUAGUGUUUCUGACAAACACACUUUUCUUGUUUUGCACAUGUUUAUAGGUCUCCAUUCUUUUGAGUAGGUUGUUUCAUGGGUAUGCAUGUGAUUAUAAUUUUAAGAAAAUGUAUUGAUUGAACGAUAUACUUAGUAUAAAAUAAACAUUUUUGUAUUUUUAUAUAUUUUGCUAUGAGAACUGAAUUUAAUUCAUUCAAUUAUGUUAAUUUCCUUGAUAUUUAAUUGACUAAAGGUGCAUAUUAAGAGGUGGCGAAAUCUUUAAAAAUCAAACCUUCCCACAUACAACUUUAUAUAAAGUAUAACAUGUCUGUUGGAUAAAUCCACUUGUCUGUAUAAUCUAUAUAAAGAAAUGCAUUUAUUAAUUAAAUUAAAAAAUAAUUCUAAAAUCCAAAUAAUUGUUUAAUGCCUUUAUGUGGUAUACUGCUUAUUUAUCAGUUCAUGUAAAGUUUGCUCAGUAUAGAUGAGGUUUAUAUUUUACUGUUGACAACUACAAUAAUAAUCAUGACUUGACUAUCUAAGACGACAAUGUAUGUGUUAGGUUUUUUGCUGCUGUUUUGGAAAUUCCACCUUGAAUUAAAACUAUGCAUGCUUGUUAGCAAAACAUACUUUAAUCACAAUAAAAAAGUGUGGACUCAUUGUUGUGUCUCUUUUGUUGGAACAUAUUAAUUUAUAGUAGAAUUUGCAUGUGUAUUUAUUGUUUUUAAUAAACUCUGACAAGGUCCAUUGUGAAUAAUAAGCAUAAUAAAAUGGACAUCAAGAUUUAUAAUCUUAAGAAGCUUGCUUAAUUCUCUUUAAAAUAGUAAAAGUUGUGCAAACAUGUUAUGUGUUUGCAAGUGUCUUUAGCAUUGUACUGUAUGAUGCUUUACAUCCAGUUUUGAACAUUAAAUAAUUUUUACAAUCAGUUUACCUGUAUGGACUUUUUAUUCCCACCAAGUGAUGAUCAAAUAUAUAUAUUUUUAUUUGUUGGUUGUAUUUUUUACUUUUCUAAGAUAUAUAUUUACAUAGAUCUUAUGUUUGUACUCAAUUGAACAUUUAUAUAUCAACUUUUUUCGGUACAAUUUAUAUUCUUUUCUAUAGAAAAUUAAGAUAUCAGAGUUGUAGUACUUGUCAUUAAUAUUGUUUCAAAAAUCUGAAUAGAUGAAUUUAAUGAAGAUAUGACUGUAUCAACCCUACAUCUGGGCCUGUAGUCACCAGCAGAAUCUUGACACGAAAUUUAGUACCUUUUAACUGUACAAUUUUUUUUAGAACAAUUAAUUUGAGAGAAAGGCAAAAUGUAUAGCCUUCAUAUUUUCAAAUGCUGAUUCUUGUUUUUUUUUUCAUAAAUUCUAAGAAUGGUUUGAUAAAAAUGGGUCAAGGGUACUGACACCUGUAUGAGUAUAGAAUGGUUAUUAUUACAUUCUAAGUGUGACUUCUUUUGGGCAAAAUAGGUGUUUUUUCACCUGAACUAGUUUUUUUAAUGCACUUAUUUACAAACACCUGUUUAUGAUAAGGUGUUUCCUGCGUUGUGAGAUCUAAAUGUCACAUAUUGUUUUGGACUGGUAUAAAUAUACUUGGGGAAACUUAUCUAGGAAUUAAAAAGACUAAGUUCUCUACCCAUAAGGCCUAAUAUUAUCAGUAUUCUAUUGUUAAAAGAAAAUAUUUAGAAGACAUGUUCAUGCUAUUUGGAAAUACCGGUAGAUAAUAUAGAAGAGUUAUGGUGUACUUAACAAAAGUGCCUGUUGUACUUGUCACUUCUCAAAUCCAGCAUAAUAUCAAAAGGUGUUACAAGUUUAUUUUGUUAAAAAUACUAGAUAUAUCUAGAGUAUAAUUGAGAUACAGUAAACAAUGUUACCUGAAUCCAGCAUAAUAUCAAAAGGUGUUAAAAGUACAAUAUUUUUUGUUUACAAAAUAUUUGAAAUAUCUAGAGAUACAGUGAACAACGUAACCUGCUUAAAACAAGUAUUGAUACACUUGAUUGUAUUUUGUGUUGAAUUGAAAAGUAUGAUUUUAUACAUUAUUUUGAAUGUGUUUUUCUUUAUGCUACGUAAUCUUGGUCUUAUGAUAUGCGGCCAGCGUAGUGCCAGGCCAGCUUGUGCAUUUGCACAGAUUUAAAUAGAUUUUUCUGGAUGCACAGGCUGGUCUUGAAUUAUGCAGGUAGCAAAUGACAUGAGGCCCAUUUUUGCAUCACAUGUCAUUUUGAAAAUGAAUAACAACUUUGAAGUCAAAACAUGACAUGUUAAAUAUAAGGGUAAUUUAAUCUUGUAUUUUUUGCAAGAAAACUGCUCAGCCUUGAUUAUGUGUUUUGUCUUGAUUAUGUGUACAAACAAUUAUAAAAACAAUGAACAUAAUUUAAACCAAAUGAAAAUGAUUACAUACUCAUAUAAAAGUACCUGUUCAUGUAUGUUAUAAGUCCAAUAACCAUGAAAAAAUCAGGGCUAAUAUUUGGAUUUGAUUUAUAAUAUAUACCACUAUUCAAAUUGUUGUGCACUAUAACUGCUGACUGAAGGUUCAUUUUUAAUGUUUAUUCCAUGGACAUGAAGACAUAAAAAUAUAAUACAUCAUUUUAGUAGAUAUCAGUUAUUUUGUUAAGAAAAUUUGUCUUUUGCGUAAAUGUUUUGGUGUACUUUGAUUUCCCAGUGAAGCUAAGAUCUGCGAGUACCUAUUUUCAAAACCAUCGAUAUACCGUUUGUUAUAUUUUGAAUGUUUUCAUUUGUGUUUUGUCUAUUAUAAAGUAUGAUAAAUUUAUGCUUCUUGUUAUAUUUUGUUUUAGAUUUUUAGUUUCAUUUAGAUUUAAACACUGUUGCACUGUAAAUUAUAUCAUUGUUAGUAACCAUAGAUUUCUCAUCUAUACAGGCACAUGCAUAAAUAAAAUGUCAACUAUUA